AUGUUCUCGACCUUCCACAUCUGGCACCCUUCCGAACGGCGUGCGACGGUAUUCAAGGACAAAUUCAAAGCUUGUACCAAUUACGAGUCUACAACUGCGAAACGCAUGAAUACCAUGCCCGUUAGCGCGUGGGGGAAGAACAAGAUGGUAAUGCCGAGCGAGACUGUUUGGACGAUAGGCACGAUAGGCACGAUAGGCACUGAGCCAGGUGAUUUGGACGCUUCGCAAUUUGGUAGCGUAAGUGGGACGUCGAGCUUUUUGGACCGUGCGAAGACGGAGAAUAGGAAGCGGCUGCCGGUGAGGAGGCAGACGACUUCGCAGUCGCAGGCUUCGACAUGCGCUGAGGACUAUCCUACGCCUUUACCGUUCCUCAAGCAAUCAGUUGAUCCUUCAAUGCGGCAAUCACAAAUUAUUUCAUUCUCUAGCCGAACGAGAAUAGGAAUAGGGCUCGGUCCUGUACCGUAUUAUACAGAUACGGCAUUUUCGUAUACGGUGCCGUACUGUAUCCGUAUAAAAAUUUUGACUCAAAAAUACGCAACUACGCCGUAUCCGUAUAUGGCGUAUACGUUCCGUAUACGGCUGUACCGUAUCCGUAUAGGUUUUCGGGUUCAGAAAUACGGCACCGUAUUAUACGAGCCGUAUCCGUAUAAGGGUCGUAUAAUACGGCCCGUAUCCGUAUACGGUACGGUACCGAGCCCUAAAUAG